GUGCACACAGAUACAAAAGAUAAUUUCUAUUUCUGCUCUACUUCGAAGUUAGAAGAACCCUAACAUAACAUAAUCUCUCUCUUUCGAUCGCAUCUUCUUCAAAAAUUUCCCACCUGUAUUUACAAGUUCAAUGUUUGUGAAUUCUCCAUUGCUCUGUUCUUAGUCGCCUUUGAUUACUCUCGCUUUCUAUCCGAUCCAAUUGUGUGAUGAUUUUCUCUUGAACAAGCUCAUAAGGUUUGAGCUUUUAUCUCUGGAGAGAAUUCAUGGGUGUCUCGUUUAAGAUUUCCAAGGUUGGUAGAAAGUUUCGGCCUAAGAUUUCUACUGAAUUGGUUACUCCUGAUUCUCCAGAACAGCUGAAUUCGAAAGCAAAGGCUACUGAUGAAAGCAAUGUUGGUGAUGUUUCCGGGUUUUCGAAGCCAUCUUUGCCCGAUAUAUCUCCAGAUCAUGAAGUUUCCUUCAUAUUGAGCCUCUAUCCAAAUGGGUACUCUAUAGGAAAAACCUCUGAGGCUCUGCAACAGACAUCCUUUCGAGAUGUUCCAAAGGUCUUACAUCCGUAUGAUAGGGCAGCAGAGGGUCUACUUUCGGCUAUUGAGGCUGGCAGGCUUCCUGGGGAAAUUUUGGAAGAUAUACCUUGCAAAUUUGUGGAUGGGGUGGUUAUAUGUGAGGUGCAUGACUAUCGGAAACACACCCCAGCUCAAGUCUCUCCUGUGAUAAAUAAAUUGCGCCUUAAGAUGUCACUUGAGAAUGUGGUAAAAGAUAUUCCAUCAAUGUCAGACAACUCAUGGACUUAUGGUGAUCUCAUGGAAGUGGAGUCCAGGAUAUUAAAAGCCUUACAACCUGAACUCUGUCUGGAUCCUGUACCCAGACUUGAUAGGCUGAGUAAAAACCCUUUGUCUGCUAAACUCGAUUUGUCGCUUUCUACUUUACGGAGAAAGAGAUUAAGGCAAAUGGCAGAAGUGACAGUCAUGUCUCAGAAUAAGAUUCAUGGGAAAAAGGUUUGCAUUGAUCGGGUUCCGGAAAGUUCAGAUCGGGGAAAUAUGCCAGGGCAUUUGAUAAUGCAGCAAACCCAUAACAACCAGGCUAUUCAGAACCUUGGUACUAAUAUGCUGGUGGGAUUAAGAAGUCAGCCGUUGCAAGAUGCACCAAAUUCCUCUCUAGCCUUGGUACCACCUCAGCAACAAAGGUACCUGGGAACUGGAAAUAUAAGAAACAUGCAGGAUCAAGGAUCAAAUUCUGUCAGCGUUUCUUGCGCUUCGCCUGGUGGACUAGAUGUGAUGCUGCCUUAUGGCUCUGAUAGUAUGAACCCUGGUACAUCUUUUCAUAGAAAGAGGGAAAGUCAAGAAGGACAAAUGUCUUCUAUGCCUGGUUUGAAUAAGCGAACAAGGGUUUCACAUAUGGGUCCUGAUGGGGUUCCGCAGCAACAGUUAGGGCAACGCAUGGAUGGCCUUCAUGGAACCGAUACAAAUUGGAAAAAUACGCUUCUACAACAGCAAGACAUGCUAGGCAGAAGUAUUCAGUAUCCAAAUACAAGUACACAGAGGUUUUCACCACACCAAAUGGAAGGGGUUUUGAAUCAGGAAGGUGGUCCCAUGCAAUUUCCAGCUUCACAACAGGGGGCACCGAGAUACACUUCGAAAGAGGAGCCAUUUGAGACUGGUAAAAUUGAUGGUGGCACCAGAAACAAUAUUCCGGGGGGAAGUGACACAAAUGAUUUGGAUCCGCGUAUUCAGUCAAGGAUGCCCCAUAAUGCAUACAUUAGAUCAAAUUUCCCUCAAACAUCCUGGAAUGUUAAUCCUGGCCAGCAGAUCGAAAAAGAGCCAAAGAAAGAAGAACAAUUUAGUCGUAGGAUAUCGGCUCAAAGUCCUCGUUUGUCGGCAGGUGCUCCACCACAGUCCCCACAUUCAUCGAAGUCUGGUGAGUUUUCUGGUGGUUCAAUGGGGACCCACUAUGGAGCAGUUGCAGCAGCUCAGAAGGACAAGGCUGUUACUUCUAUACCUGCUAUUGGUGCCACUCAGUCAGUGGGUUCUAGUGCUAAUGAUGCUAUGCAGCAAAGGCAACACCAAGCCCAAAUGGCAAAACGGAGGACAAAUUCUCUUCCUAAGACGCAAGUUAUCAGCACUGUUGGUUCUCCUGUUAGUGUCAAUACUAUUAGUGUCCCAGUUAAUGCAAGGAGCCCUUCAGUGGGACCCCAAACUUUGGGCGAUCACGCAAUACUGGACAGAUUUUCAAAGAUUGAACGAGUUGCUGCUAGGUACCAACUAAACUGCAAAAAGCAUAAGGUGGAUGAGUACUCUCGAAGACCUCGCGUGUAUGCUAAACAGUCCUUGACUGUUUGUUUAUCGAACCUGUCUAACGAAGAGGUCUUCAAAGACGAGGACAAAGCAUUAUCAAAAUCUAUUCUUGGUGGCAGUAUGAAUACAUGCAAGACUAGAGUCACAAACUUUUUUCAUAUGGAACGUGUAAUGCAAGGUACCGUCCCUUCCUUCGUCCCUAGAAUACGAACAAAACUGGUGAUGUCAGAGAAGGCCGUCGAUGGGACCGUAGCAUGGUAUCAAGGGGACGUAGAUGAAGGGGAUGUUUCUCAGGCUGAAGAUUUUCUCUUAGCGUUGCCCAAUACACACAUUGCCGAUCUACUUGCUAAUCAAUUUAAAUCACUGAUGACCCGUGAAGGAUACAUGAUCGAAGAACAUAUUCUGGCAAAGCCAAACCGUGGGGAUACUGGCCCAAUCAGCAACCAACCAAAUUCUGCAGGUGGUUAUCCAAGAGGUUACUCUGCAAACGAUAUGCAACAGUAUGGAGAUGCAGUUGCAGGGCAAGCGUCUGGCGAGGCAUCAAAACAGGGGAAUACUGGAAAUGUGCCUAAUACCUCAACCCAGAAUAUUCUUGCAAAUGCAAGGAUGCUUCCUCCAGCAAAUUCUCAAGCCUUGCAAUUGUCUCAAGGACUGCUGUCUGGUGUCUCCAUGCCUAUGCAACCACAACAGCCUGACCCACAACAGUCAGCGCUACUGUCAUCACAUUCACAGCAGAAAAAUCAACAGUCCAUGUUUACACAGCAACAGCAUCCACAAAUGCAGAGACCAUCCAUGAUACUGCCUACAAAUCCACUAUCAGCCAUCAACUCGAUUGGCCAGAGCUCUGGUAUGCAGCCGGGUGGUCAGAUGGCCAACAAGUAUUCGCCUCUUCAACUGCAGAUGUUACAGCAGCAGCAGCAGGCGGCAAUGCAGAAGAAGAUAAUGAUGGGGCUAGGAUCAGGUGUAGGCAUGGGUAUGGGUAUGGGCAUGGGCAUGGGUAUGGGGAGCAUGGGAAAUAGUAUUGCUGGGCUUGGAGCUUUAGGCAACCAAUUGAAUAUGGCAGGAAGAGGGAUUGGGGGAACCGGAAUCUCAUCAUCAAUGUCUGUUCCUGGCAUCGGUAAUAUGGGCCAGAACCCAAUGAAUCUGAAUCCAGCAUCAAAUUUGAAUGCUAUAAGCCAGCAACUCCGAUCCGGUGCGUUAACACCCCAACAAAACGCUCUGUUUACACAGAUUAGGAUGGGCAUGGCAAACCGAGGAGGUGUAAUGGGUGCUCCUCAAGCCGGGAUAAGUGGCGUGUCAGGUACGAGGCAGAUGCACCCCAGCUCAGCUGGUAUAUCCAUGUUGGAUCAGAAUUCAUUAAACCGAGCUAACCUGCAGCGAGCUGCUGCUAUGGGUAACAUGGGCCCACCUAAGCUGAUGCCUGGAAUGAAUCUCUACAUGAAUCAACAGCAGCAGCAGCAACAACAACUCCAGCAGCAACCCCAACAACAACAGUUGCAGCAUCAGCAACAGUUACAGCAGCCUAUGUCUCAGCCAUCUCAGCAGCUAGCUCAGUCUCCGCAGCAGCAGCAGCAGCAGCAGCUACAACAUGAACAGCCUCAACAAACACAGCAGCAGGCAACAGCAUCCCCUCUUCAGUCUGUGCUAUCACCAGCCCAAGUAGGUUCGCCAUCAGCUGGAAUUACCCAGCAGCAGCUACAACAGUCCAGUCCCCAGCAAAUGAGUCAGAGAACUCCAAUGAGUCCCCAGCAAAUGAACCAAAGAACUCCUAUGAGUCCUCAGAUAAGCUCGGGUACAAUGCAUCCCAUGAGCACAAGCAACCUCGAGGGUUGUCCAGCGAGUCCACAGCUUAGUUCUCAGACAAUGGGAUCUGUUGGUAGCAUCACCAAUUCUCCAAUGGAGCUUCAAGGUCCCAAAAACAACUCUGCUGGUAAUAAUUCCUGAUCAAGAACACUAUAAUUAUGGGUAACAUUAUUUAUAUUCAGGAACCCUUUGCUUCACAACAUGAGUUGUUAUCUAAUUAGGGACAAGCAGAGAAAGAGUUUUUAGUUCACCGUCUUACGUUUUGCUUGUACAUUAGGCUUUUGAAAUUUAAUAUAGAUUCAUGACCAAAGCCUGUAAAUGAAAAAGUUAAGAAUCUGUUGUGCUCUGCAAGUGAAAGUGCCAUUAUUAUUAGGUUGUUGAUAUGUAACCACUGUCUGCUUCAGACUAUUUGGAAGUUUUUGUUUAAGCUUAAUAAUUAAUCUGUUUUGUUCAA